GGGUGGCGGCGGUGGAGGACAGAAGCGUCAGGCGUGACGAAAAGGGCGGGCUGUCAAACAAAACCAAUAAAGAGAGCUUGAUGCCGCCGCUAUGGCGGAGACGGUGGGUCCCUGCUCCAGCAGCGACUCGGAGCCGGAGGGGACCUCCAGGAAGCCCCCCAUCAAGCGCCGCCGCAUCCUCCCCACUGACAUCGGCGUGGCCGCCGUCCCCGUCUACUCCAGCAAGGUUCAGAACAGUCUCCAUUUGUUCCCUGAGUCUCUGAAACUGCCUGUUCGAACCCCAGUGCUGUCUUCUGAACCCCAAGUCAUUGACACAUCAGAUGAGGAGGAGAAGGAGGCUUCUACAAAGCAAGUGGAACAAGAAAAAAGACAUGAAGCUCUUCCCCCUUCGCCGCCACCUCCACCGCAGCUCAAGAAACGACGCCAUGGAGCUAAAAACUUACACCAGAAGCUCAGGAAUCUAACAUCCUCCCUCUCAGCUGCCAAGAAGACCUUGCAAGAUGAGGAGCUCAGAGAUGACGUGAUCCUGAUUGAUGUGUUUGAGCCCUCUGAGUCCCAGGAAUUGGUGCUAAAGAUCCGGUGUCGGGCUGAUCUCUACAAAGUUUCUGUUCAGAUGACUGACCCCCUUCAACGAGUGAUUGAGCACAUGGCUCAGAUGCUGAAGGUUCACAAAGACAGAAUACUUCUCCUGUUCCAAGAUCGCGAACUUGCAGCUGAUGCCACCCCCCGUGUACUGGGCCUGGGUGUGGCUGAUAUAAUCGAUUGUGUUGUGGAGACGACUAGCCAAGGGAGCAGUGAUGCUGGAAACCUUCAACUCCGGGUGCAAGGGAAAGACAAAAGCUCACAAAUGGAGUUUACAAUCCAGAAGGGGGAGCCAUUGCAAAAACUUAUGAGUCACUACCGUCAAGCCCAAGGUUUUGGCAGAUGCAAACUUAAGUUCUAUUUUGAUGGACAGCGUUUGGCAGGAACCUGCACCCCUGAAGAGUUAGGGAUGGAGUCUGGCGACGUCAUUGAAGUAUGGAGCUAGAAAUCCUUCCAUCUCUUCAAAGAGGCUGUGUCCCUGAGGGGUUUUUACUGUUUCACCUGGGCUCUGUGUUAUGACCGACUUCAUUGUGUCUAAUGUCUGAGUGCAAGGGAAGCAGCCUCGUUUUUCUUAAACAUUAUAGGAGAGUGGUAAUUUCUGUCUGAUCCAGACACAGGGAGGGAAGACUGCAUUCGAAUGUCACGUUCCAUCCACAUGCCUGAAACUUAUUUAAUAAAGCAAAUUUUAUAACUGGCCCCCUUGGAGCAGAGUGGAAAGAAACCUCUCAGUUAUAGUGAAAGCAAUACAGAUUCUGGAGGGCCAGUGUGCACUGAAUAAUUCUGUUUUGUUUAAAUCAGUGACUCUUUUCCAUUUGUUUUAAUAAUGCUGUAUAAUCCUGUUAACCGUUUUCUUUCAUUACCUUUACUUGGUGGUAGUAAGCAAAACUGGAUUAUUUGAGACCUAUAGUCCUUUUAUUUCUAUGCCAGAUUUCCCAAACUUUCUUUUUCAAGGCUAGCCAACCUCUAGGAUUGUUAGGCUGAAAUUCCCAUGACCACUGGCCAUGCUUGCUGGCACUGCUGGAACCUGUAGCCAAACAUCUGCAAGAUAUUACAUUGUCUAUAUCUGUUUAUAUGUAUCCCCACCCUGAAUAUGGGUUUUAAAAGCAAAUUUGUAAUCCAUGUGUGCAGAGUAUAAGUUGGCGUUGUGAAUA